AUGAACAAUUCAAAACCCGGUUCCGCAUCUUUGAUCCAUCCCCUUCCUUCCGAAACACAAUCAAAGCUACGCUCUACUCAGAUUCUCACGUCGUUUCCCCAGAUCAUUUCUGAGCUCGUGCAGAACUCGCUCGAUGCAGGGGCCAAGCAGAUUGAUAUUGGCGUGGACUGUGAGGAUUGGGCGUGUUGGGUGCGCGACGACGGCGUCGGCAUAGGACGGGAUAGUUUCGACGUCCUUGCGGGAGGUUCCGAGGCAGGACGUUAUGGUACUUCCAAAGCAUAUUCAUCCGCGUCAUUAGACCAGGUCUCAACCUUUGGGUUUCGUGGUGAAGCUUUAGCUUCCGCGGCAGAUCUUUCAUGUCUAGAAAUCUCGUCCAGGACGGCUAGAUCCAGGGAAAGUUGGUCAGUAAUCCUAAAAGGAAGAGCCGUCCUAUAUAAUGGUCCAUCUGUUCGAUGGCGCAGAGAUACUCCCGGUACAGUCGUGUUCGUCCGCGAUGCUUUCUAUAAUGUACGUCAAUCUGUUCUCACAGUUUCAUUGGGAACCGACGAUCCGCGCAAGCUUCCCAUUCGCAGGCUUUCCCACCCUUCUCCUGUUAGGACAAUUGAGUUAAUCCGUAGAGAUGUGGAGACAUCCUCUUUAAUGUUUCCUAAUGUUUCCUUCACAUUUGAAAAUUCACACAAGGCAAAGGAAGGGGACCCUGGAAAGGGCCGGAUCAUGACCGUGCCCCGAACGUCUUCCAGUCUCGCGACCUUCCGCCAUCUGUAUGGCAAGGCUUUAGCACAGCAUAUUGAAGAAAUUGACGAGACUGAUGAUCAAAUGAGGUUACACGGAUUUAUCAGCCUUGAUGGGGCCCAGUCAAAGGCAUACCAAUUUCUUUAUAUCAAUCGACACAUCCUUUCACCGUGCGAUCUUCAUCGCCUAAUUGAUGCUCAGUUCUCCAAAAGCUCCUUCAUGAAGCAUGCUUUCGAUGAAGAGGGAGAAACUAGCCAGCCACGUUUGAACCUUCGUCGUUCCCCGCGUAAAAGCGAGAAGAAACCAGCGUUCGUUCUCAAUCUCACUGUUCCUCCGAGACUUGUCGACAACUGCAUUGAACCAGCCAAGGCCUCUGUCCAGCUCCAGAAUAGUGGUGCAGCUUCGAAAUUUCUGGGGAACGUAAUUGAAAAAUUUCUCAUCCGUAAUGGGUUCCUCUUCCCGAAGCGAGCUCGUUCGCCUCCUUCCAUGCAUGAUAAAAGUACAUCUCGGGACACUAGAGUAUCAUCCAGGAAGAAGAGAAAGACCCUACAUGAUUUAGCGAGUGAACAGGAAAAUGGUCGCUUCUUGAGUUCAGCGUCCUCUGGAGUAAUUAAGGUGGAUGAACCUUCUGGAGCGGAACCUACGGCACUUAUGGCUGAUCUUAACUGCGUUCCUACAGCCGAAGACACGAACAAACAGACGAUCUGGACUGACCCGUCUACUGGAGAGGCAUUUGUGGUUGAUGCGCGUACAGGGAACUCAUAUCCCGUGCACAUGAAGCCAGGCGUUGGUGGUGAUACACCAAUUUUCCGCAGGCGCACGUUGGGGAUCGCAUCUGGUUCAGGGAAUAAAACUUUUAAUGCCCAGGAAACAGAGGAGAUGCCGGCGUGGAUCCGGAGAGCAUUAGAGACGAACAGCACAUACAAAUUACCGGAGCCGCGGAUACCAUCACUAGCUAUUUCCGCUGGAUUGGCACUAGCCGGUUCUCAAUGUUGCGAUACCUCAGCAUAUUGCGCAUUGUCCACACAUAAAGGAGCGAGUAUGUAUGACAGUGGCGGUCGACACCAAGACGGUUGGUGGAAUAUGGGUGCUUUUCCGACUCGACCUGGCCGGUUCAACAAGACGGCUCUACAUGAUGCGGAGAUACUGGGCCAAGUCGACAGAAAAUUCAUCGCCUGCAUGCUCGCAGCCGAGUGCGACAAGGGGAAAGCGCUAGUGCUGAUCGACCAGCACGCGGCUGAUGAGCGUGUCCGAGUCGAACGUUUCCUCAAGGAACUUUGUCUUGGUUUCCUACAGGGGUACCCGCCUUCGCACGCAUCUGCCGGAGAUACGACGGAUCUCCUGUCUGGACAGCGAUCGGUCACAGUCAGGGAAUUGGUGCAUCCUGUCCCGGUUCUCCUGACGCGCCACGAAGUCGAAAAGCUGGCCGCGGGGGACGUACAAGUGGCGUUCAAGUUGUGGGGCUUGGCCUUCACAAGGCUCGACGAGGCGCUGGAAUCCUUCGCGGAUCCGUUUGCGGACAAAGUCGGGGAUGACGGCAGUGGAUGCCAGAGAGACUAUGUCCAAGUCCACGUUCGAACCGUCCCUGAAGUUGUCGCUGACAAGCUCCUAGCUGGCGACGAGCUGAAAGAUCUGGUGAAAGGCUACCUGGCUAAGUUGGACGCGGAGGGAGCGCCGAUGCCGUCGGCAUCGCAGCUCAAGUCAGGCGACCCGAGCGCGUGUGAGGAGGGGGCGGAAUGGCAAAAGGCGAUGCGGUGGUGUCCACGCGAGCUCCUCGAGUUGGUCAAUUCGAAGGCAUGUCGAGGUGCAAUAAUGUUCAACGACCCGCUGACCUUGGACCAGUGUACGAGCCUGGUGCAAAGGCUGGCUCAGACGGCUUUGCCCUUUCAACCUUCGCUCGUCCCGCUUGCGGAUGUCGGCACCGACAGUGUCCAGGGAUCCGAGAGGGCUUUGCCCCAUGCAUAUGGCCAGAGGAUAGUUGAUUGGUCCUCCUUCGCUGCAUCAUGA